UUGAUGAUCGUGGUGAUGAUAAAAUUCCAAAAAAUCUAUUUGGUGAAGUUGUUCGAGCCCUUGGAUUAAAUCCAACUGAAGCACAAAUCAAAGGUACAAUACAAAAUUUAAAAACGGAUCGAAUAUCAUUUGAAGAAUUUUUACCUUUGUAUGAUUCAUUGGCGAAAAAAAAAGAUAAUAAUAUGACCGAAGAAGAACUUAUUGAAGGUUUAAAAGUAUUUGAUAAAGAACAAAAUGGCAGUAUUUCAUCAGCUGAACUUCGACAUUUAUUAACAAAUCUUGGUGAACGUUUAUCAGAUGAAGAAGUUGAACAAUUACUUUCUGGUUUUGAAGAUAAAAAUGGCCUUAUUAAUUAUGAAGAUUGGAUUCGAAAAUUACUUCGUAAUUAA